AUGCGUUUUCUCUCCUGUUUGGUGUCACUUGUUCUAGCGGAUUUUAAUUCAAAUUUGGAAAAAUUAUCGUUGACUCAUAAGUGUGAUCCUCUAUGCACCUUUAAUCAUUCUGAAGUCACAUCUUCUACUGCUCAAUACUUCCCAACAACCUGCGAUACAGUAUGCGGGAUUCUUACGUUUAAUUCUGACACGGAUCUAUCACAUUCUGAAUUAGUUACUUUAUUCAAAAAUAUGAGAACUUUCUCCGGCGGGAUCACAUUUGAGAACACAGGUUUUCAAAAUUUAUCGAUUUUUUGGGUGCAUGACGUAGACUCAAUAACAUUCAACUGUAAAACUUUCGGUAUGUCGGUUCUCAACAAUUCGGAGCUCACAAGUGUCAGAAUCAUUGACUACUUUCUACUGGAAACUGACCGGCUCAGCAAAGAAUGUGCAUUUCGAGUUGAAAAUAAUGAGAAGCUGAAUGCAAGUUCAGUGUGUCAAUCCUGGUUUUUACAGGGCAUGUAUUCACUAAAAGUCUCGGGGAAUCGCAGGGAUUGUGGUUGCCGUGGUGAUAAGAUAGCACUCGACACCAUGCCCGAGUUCCAAAAUUGUACAACUGUGACAGGCUUGAACCUGACCAAUAUCUCAACUACAGAUCUACCGAGUUUCGCAAACGUUCGAGAAAUAAGAAGCUACAUUGAUAUUCAGCAGAUGCACCUUCAGAAUUUGUCAUUUUUGAAAAAGUUGAGAGUUGUUCGAGCGAAAAAUUUCAUGUACGAAAAUGUCAUAGUCAAUGUUAGAAAUAAUCCAGAAAUGACAAGGCUUGCUGUUCCAUCUUUGAAUAACUUUGCUAUUGAUGGCUUUGGGCCAGUGAUCAUGAACCUGGAAAAUCUUCACCCGGAUUUCUGUCUAACCUUCGGAGAAUUGAAGCUUUUCAUGGAAGAGCUCGUUUAUUUCACAAAUAUUCAAGCGAAAUACUGCGGAAUAGAUACAUUUUUUGAGGAAAAUGAAUUUUGUGAAUUUUUAAAUAUGAGCUCACUUGAGCCAUUUUGUCUGUUUAUCUACGGAAAAGUCGUUUUGGAAGCUGGAGAUGAGGAAUUCGUGUGGAAACUGAAAAAAAUGACACAUUUAUUCGGGUCUCUGGUGGUUCGGAAUACCCAAUUGGAAGACUUGGGAUUUUUGGGAAAGCUGAAAUUUAUUGGGAACUUGGACAGUGAUGCCCUUACUGUUCAAAUUGUGGGGAACCAUAGGCUGACGUUUGCCUAUAUUCCUUGGUUGGAGAACAUCAUAACCAGCGGCAAUCGUAUCAUAAUUGUGGACAAUAAUUCCUUAUUAAAAACUGAAAAGUUUUCUUUAUUUGCCGCCAACUUUCAGACAAAACUUAUAUUCAAAGGAGACGCUUUUGGUAAAAUCUCAUGA